CGCUGAACCAUCUUCGAAUGAAAUUUUUGUAGAGUAUAGUGAUCUCCGACGUGAGUUCUUCGACACAUUUGAAAAUUCAAAUUCUUCAAAGUGAUCACAAAGCAACACUCGAGGUAGCGUUCGCUUGUAAAAGAAUGUCUGGCGAUGUGCAACCAAGAAAACGAAAGGAGAAACGACGCAAAAAGGAUGAUGAAGAUUCUGGUACUCCACCACCUACUUUGAUCAGUCCGACUGAUACUUCUAUCGAAAAUAUCACUCUUCACAUUUAUAAAGAAAGUAGCACAGGCGGACAUUGGUGUGCACGAAUCAUAUUUUUUAUUUUACUGGCUGUUCUUGUUGGAUUGGUUGGUAUAAUAAUCUUCGAACAUAGAGGAACUACAGACGUUGAUACACCAAUUGCAUCAUCACGUUGGGCAAGUAUAUUUGAAGGCUGGGUAGAUGACUCGCCAUCUAAUCAUGACGAUGUAUCGCACGAAGAAGAAAUGUUGGAAGCAAGUAAAAAAAUGUUAGACGAAGAAGAAGAAAAGGAAGGCAAUGAUGAAGAAGAAUCGACAGAAACUGAAAAACAAGAAGAAGAAAGAGAAAAUAUAGAACAAGAAGAAGACGAAGGAAUUGGCGAGGAAGAAGAGGAAGAAGAAGAAGAAGGAGAGGAAGAGGAAAUCGAAGAAGAGAAAGGAGAGGAAAUAGAGGAAGAACAAAAAGAAAUAGAAGAACAUCAAGAAGAGGAAGACGAAGAAGAAGAAAAUGAUGAAAAUGAAGACGAAGGUAUUGAUGAAGAAGAAGAUGAUAAAACACAACACGAAUAUGAUGAUGCUGGUACAUUAGAAGAAACUGAUGAGACAAAUGAAUAUGAAGAUGAGAUAGAAGGAAAUGAUAAUUUUGAUGUAGAACUUGAAGCCAGCAUGGAAAUUGUUGAUAAUUCUGCAGAAGAAAAGGAUAACGAUGUAUCUGAGGAAUUCACAGAUAUACCUGGCAUUCAUCAAAUUGAUGAUAAUAGUGCUGAACCUUUAGAGGAGAUAGAAAGUGAAGAAAGCGAAGAAGAUAUAGAUGAUGUAAAUAGUGAACCUGAAGAAGAAGAAAUUGAAGAAGAAUCUACUAGUGUGGCUGUGAAGUUUGGAGUCGGUGUUGCACUUGUUGUUGCUGCGCAUUUUGUUCUCGUUAGACGAUGGAAUAAUGUUAAUAUUUCCCGUUCUCCGCAUACAAUUGAUAUACCUGAUUUAUCAAGACGCAAUACAAUAGUUCCACCGCCUCAUAUUAAACAAGUAAUUAAAUCAGCUAAGAAUGUCGACAAUAAAACAUCUAUAGAAGCACAAGUGAAAAAUUAUGAAGACUUGAGAUUUAAAUAUAAGGAACUGCAAGAAGGAAAUAUUUCUCAAACCGAUAUAAAUAAUUUAAUUGCAAAAGAUAAAUCACCACAAGUAAACGAAAAAUGGUCAACUCAAAGUACAACUAAAGCAGAAAUCGAUAAUCGGGAUCAAUUUAAAAUAAUAUCAUCUGAGGAAGAAGAAGAUUAUGAAUUAGAUACAUCAGAAAACGAACAUGUUUUGGGAAUGGAAGAGUAUGAUGAAGAGCAAAUGGAAGAAAAUAAUGAUGAUCAAGAAGAAGAAGAAGAAGAAGAAGGAGAAGAGGAAGAGGAAGAAGAUGAGGAAAUCGAAAAUGUUGAUAAUUCAGAAUUAAUAGCUAAACUUGAAGCAAAAUAUGGAAAAUUAUCCACUCCACAAGAUAGUGAAGUUGAAGAAGAAGAAGAUGAAGAGGAGGAGGAAGAGGAAGAGGAAGAGGAAGAGGAAGAGGAAGAGGAAGCGGAAGAGGAAAAGCAAGAGGAAGAAGAAGACGAAAAGAAAGGAGGGAAAAAAAGACAACAAAAUAUUAGAACAGAAAGUAUUAAAGCGCUAAAGGACUCACAUAUGGAAUCUGAAGCAAAAAAAACAUCCUUUCAACAAACAGGAGUGGAAAUUAAUCAAGUGGAUAGUGAUCAACUUAAAAGUGGAGGAAAAUUUUAUGACUUUAGUAAUAUAUGGAAUAUAAAUGAUAUAGUCUACGAAAAAAAUAAUUCCACAGAUCCUCAAAUUGACAAUUCGUAAUUAGAAUAUACAUUCUCUUGUAAGAUAAUUUGAUAAUAUAUUUAUUUUUUUCGAAUUGUGAAAUUGUCCUUUUAGCAAACAUUUGUAUCAAAAAUGUGAUGCAUGAUUCAGUUUAAAAAAAAUAUUAAGAUAUAAUAGUAACAUUAUAUGUAAAUAGAAAAAUGAUAUUCUUUAAUGUUUUUCUUUCGUUCUUUAAUGUAACUAUCUACUUUCACUUUUGUUUGAAAAGUAUGUUAUGCAUCAACUUUGUUAAAGCUCAACUAAUGAUAUUCAUAUGAUUUUUCAGACAUAAAUUUAAAAAAAAAUGACUGAUGUAUAACAUACUUAAUAAAGUUAAAUUAAUUUAAAGAAAAGGAUAUAGAUUUUCUUUAUAAAAUAUCCAUGCAAUUGUUAAAAAAUUAAAAGUUGAACAUAAACUAUGAUAUAAUCAAUAAAGUCAAACUAUAUGAUAAUUAAA